CGGCAGAGGGCGAAAAAAAACACCACGAAUGUGUCUCCGAAAGCGCAACGGAUACCGCCCUCCGGAUCUUAUUAAUGCCAAGAUUGAAAGGUUCGAGGCAGAAGGGGGGAUGACAUGCAUGUGUCCGGCCUGCUAACAUCGUUGACAACUCGCACUCUGACUGACUUCCCGCCCUCACAAAAUGACGGACAUACUGUACACAGGUCCGAUACCGGCCGAGCGAGAGGGCGAGCUGGCCAUGGGGGGAGGUCGCAGCGAGACCUCAGCACUGAGCGGGACGGGAGGGGGCCAGGGCAUGACCACUACCCAGAAUUCCCAACGGCCUAAUGCCUGCUGCUUUUGCUGGUGCUGCUGUUGCAGCUGCUCUUGUCUCACUGUCAGGAAUGAAGAGGAGAGACGGAGGCGGAGGAGGAGAAAAAGAAUAUCACAGGACACCAAGAUGGAAACCAUACCCAUCUGUGAAGCUUGCACCAAACCCUCAGUAGAUGAGAUCCGGCUCUGGGCUCAGUCCUUUGACAAACUGAUGAGGAACCCGGCAGGUCGAAAUGUUUUUCGGGAAUUCCUGCGGACAGAGUACAGUGAGGAGAACAUGCUGUUCUGGCUGGCCUGCGAAGACCUCAAACAAGAAAACAACAAGAAUGCCAUCGAGGAGAAAGCACGCUCCAUCUAUGAGGAAUACAUUUCCAUACUGUCUCCAAAAGAGGUGAGUCUGGAUGCCCGGGUUCGAGAGGUGAUCAACAGGAAGAUGCAGGACCCAACACCGCACACAUUUGAAGAUGCCCAGCUGCAGAUCUACACACUGAUGCACAGGGACUCCUACCCGCGAUUCCUCUCCUCCAACAUCUACAAGUCGCUCAUUCACGGCGGGUCACGUACCUCCUCGGAAUCCUAGUCCCAAACCAGCUCCUCUCCUUCAGAUCCUGCAUUUACAGGAUUGAUGCCAAAUCAUUUCACUGCUUCUCUUGCACACUCCUUCCAGUCCAAAACUUUCCAAAAACUCCUCUGUUCAUUUCUUUUUUUUCAGAAUCUCAAAUUUCUCUAAUUACUGCCAAGACUUUCUUCUCUUUACUCCUCUUCAUGUCCUAAACUUUUAGUACCAUUACCAAGACCUCUCUCUUCCUUAUUCCAUCUAUUCUAUGUCUUGUCAUUAAAUCUUCUAUUUUCUUGUUUCCCCUAAUUCCAUUCCAUUCUCCUCUGCAGUGCAAUGCAGUAUUCUGAAAAAUUUUAGAGAAAGUUGUUGAAUUUAAUUAGACAUUUUUAGAAAGGUCUCUAAAACUGUAGUUAUACCAUCACAGGACAUUGCAAGGUUCUGUUCAUGAAAUUUUAAUUGAUAGUGGUUCAAAUUUUAAAGUAGUAUACAUUACAUAGUCACCGAUUUGUUUGUUUGUUUUUUUUUGUUUUUGCCUGUGCCAGUUUGUGAAUAGAGCCAAAUAUUUGAUAGUAACAGACAUGCACAUAAAUAACAUAAUCUUUAGAAAAAAGUGUAAGUGGCCCAGUUUAAAAAAAAAGGUAUAAUGAUAAAUUAGGUCCACUUGUGAACUUUUCUAGAAGUUUCAACCUCAACUCACAGUCUUCCUCAUCAAUUAGCAGUUGCACAGUUUGAACGUUCUGAGCAAGCUCCACUCACUGAGGAUUCACUGUGAACUGGCCUAAGACAUGAUGAUGUAAUGCACUGUUUACCGCGGUGCUUUGUGGGUGAAAGGUGGGGACAGCAUAAGGCACGCCAUCGCUACAAGCAGUGACAAGUAAUGUUAACGUUCAUUCGUAUGGAAAAAUCAUCCUCAAAAAGAUAUUAAAUAAUUUGUGCUAAUUAUUGCUUGCCAUUGUGUAUAAAGCACACGGCGAAUGUCAGAACUGUAUUUUUCAAGCUUCCAUGAGACAGCAAGAGGUGACCAAAAUGGAUUCAGUCAGAAAUAAGGCCAUUCAAACAUCAAACCAUUGUAAGAUCUUUUUGAUGAUAAUUUUUCCAUGCGAAUGAAUGUUAAUCUAACAUAAAGGUAACUUGUUCACUGCUUUUCACCCACAAUGCAUCAUGGUAAGCAUUGGAUUACUUCAUUAUGUUUUAGGACCAUUGCGGUCAAAAGCUUUGGGAAAACCCAGUUUUUAAAAACAAAAAAAGGAUAGCAAUUCACAGACAGGUGACAACUUAAAGGAAAUAACCUGAAUAAACAAGUAGCCUCUUCCAGGAUCUCAAUGAUCUCAAACCUCGUUUUUUGUGUUGUAACAUCUUUACUAACCAGCUUAUGCACAGUUAGCUACACUAUAAAUCUGUGGUAAUUAAUACUGCCCAGUAAUCUUUAUGAAUAUAUGUUUACUGGGUGUUCACUGGGCCCCAUAUAGGUCAGACUACUGUGUCCAAGGUCAAGAAGGGACUUUAACAAUUUUGAUCAGGGUCCCUUAAGUUUGGUUAUUUAUGAGAUGUAGAAUAUGUACCGAGUGGGACAUUUCACAAUUAAGAAAUAAACCUAUACUUAAGCCAUUUCAUUACUGGCUAUGCAGAUAUACAUAGAAGUUGGGCUCUAUUUAUAAACUCCCUGGUAUUAGUUUGAUUUUCAGCUUCCAUCCUGUCCUUAAGGUUCCUAAAGCUGAUGAAUGUAUGUUCCCACCUAUCCUUCUCUUCAUCCUGGUACCUAAUCUUCUCCUCUCUAAUCUCUCUUUUUGUUCUUCACGAUUCCUGAACAGAGAAGAAAGUGAUCUGAGAUGUUCAAGCAUUUCUUUGGGAUAUCAUCUGCUGUUAUAUAGAGAUGUACAUAUUAAUUUUGGAGAUUUCAACACAUUUCAAGAGGAAAAAUAUUCAUCAGUGCCAUGGAUUCCUAGUGGAUUUUUACCAGUAUACCCAUACCCAUGACCAUCCUACCACCUUUAAGAGCCAGGUAAAGGUGGAUGCCUCGAAUUCCACUCACCUCAUGGCCUUGUUUCAUCCUAUGGUUGCCUCUACUUUGACAGAGAGAUGAAAGGAAAAGAUGGAUACAGCCUCAUUCCCUCUCUUUCUCUUUUUCAUUUUCUCUCCUUCAGCUGGAAAACACAGGGUGCUCACUCCAUCCCCCAUGACAAACGGCAAAAUUGUUUCUUUUUUGUUUAUUUCUGCCGUCUUGUUCACUGGUUCGAUCAUUUCACUCCUAUGAUAAACAAAUGGACGAACGGAUGGAUGUCUCUUACUUCCGACUACUGAUUUAUAGAUCCAGUAGACCAGACGUUUAUUUUUUAAGAGAAAACUCUGUAUGGAACAUUUUAAUAAUGUUGAUUUUUUUGUUUUGUUUUUGUUGUUUUUUUUUCUCCCCUUCUUGAAUUAUUUGCAGGGGGAAUAGGAUUUCCUCUGAGACUGUACUGAUCCCCAUCCGACGCCACAGACACUGCAAUAAAACAACAAAAAACACACAUACUGUACAGUACAUAUACAUGAACACAUUUAUAAAAUUUGUCUUACUAUACCUUAAGCAAACCUGUCAAUAAAAACUCUUCCAGUCGGACCAUUAGUCAGGUCCACUAAAA